GUCAAAUUAAACCAGUGACUAAUCAUGGUAUUUUAGUUGUCUUUCUGCCCCUGGGAAAAAGAUUUAUAUGUUCAGAAAGUCUUCUUGCUCUAAUCCCUGUAUGCUGAUUUGCUCUGCAGUAGAGACUUCCUAACAGAGUGAUGAAAGAUCACCAAAAGUGGUUUGUUGUCCCAGGAGCUGUGAGGUCUAAACUUAUCUAAGUCUGAAAUACAAACGAGGCUCAAGCUGCAGCAAAAGUGCUCCUCCGUGUUGUCCCUCAUCUGUUUCUACUCAGAGCCAUGAUCCGUCAGCCACAGAGGAUCUAUUUGGUCAGCAUGCAGAGAAAGCAGGGCCGAGAAAGACAUUUGAGCAGACACAAAGUUCCAUUUGUUGAGAUUGUCAUCUAGCUCCCACAUCUGUCACCUGGUGGCCAGCCAAGCAAUGGCUCCCCACAGCCGUGGACCAUCCAGCCUCAUGGAAAAUGGAAGCAAGAAAAGUAAGCACCUCAAGGCUGUUAUGAGAUUCAGCUGUUUUCUCUUUGAAAUAAGGCAUUUACUUCACUGCAAGUGUAUUAACUAGCCCUCCAGCUGGAGAAAGCAUCUGUUUUCUUACUUAGGCUUUUCUUUGACAACUGGAGAAUCUAUAAGGCGUUCUUACAAGGAAACCUAGGUGCCGAUUCAUGUAGCUGUUUUGAUACCUCAUUGCGCUUUAAUAAUUUGGACAAAAGCACUGUAUUAUGCACAAUGAGCUACUUCCUGUCCUAUUGCAAAUCGCAUUGCAGUACUGUGCUCUCCCAUUACCAAACCCUCAGAUCAGAAGGUUUGAUGUGUGAUAUUUUACUGAAGGUGAAGGAAAAUGAGUUCCCUGCACACAAGUCCCUGCUGGCCUGCUCCAGUGAUUAUUUCCGGGCUAUGUUCAAAAGCUACACCACAGAAUCCAAAGCCAGUGUAAUUCAUCUGCAAGUGAUCUCGUCUGUGGGUCUCCAGCAUAUUCUAGAUUUCAUCUACACCUCCUGGCUACCCCUUUCUUUUGAGAGCCUGGAGGAUACUUUGGAAGCUGCCAGUUAUCUACAAGUGACUGAGGCUAUUGGCCUGUGCAACCACUAUAUAGUUAACAAUCUCACCCUGGAAAACUGCUGUUUUUCUGCCAAUGUUGCUACAAAGUUCUACCUUCCGGAUGCUUUAGCAGCAACAGAAAAAUACAUCAUCAGUAAUCUCUGGAGGCUGCUGGACCUGGAUUUCAUAGGGCUGCUUGAGCUGAACUUCAGAUCUUUGAUGGCAGUGGUAGAAUCUGAUGUCCCUAUGGUGAAUGAAUCCUGCCUGUUGAAUCUGGUGAUGAUGUGGCUGAAGCAUGAUAAGUCCAGGUUGACUCUCAGAAGCAGCCUCUUGGAACAGAUAAGAUAUGGUCUUAUCCCUGUAGAAGAUUUGCGAAAGGUCUACACUCAGUCAGAAGUGCCUCUCCCAGCGAGUGUUAAAUGCUUGAUCAUAAAAGCAAUAAACUAUCACUCAUUUGUUUUCAAGCAACCCCUCCUGCAGGACAAGUCCACCACCCUGAGGAACCAGAAAACUCAGAUCAUCCUCCUAGGUGGAGGAACCGCAAAUGAAGGGCUUGUAAGUGAUGUAGUGGCCUUUGAUGUUUAUAAUCACAAAUGGAGAACUCUAACGCAGGUGCAGGACAGACUACAGCAUCAUAACAUGUGCGUGAUCGGGAACUUCCUGUAUGUGCUGGGUGGGGAAAUAGAAAGUUCACAAAGUGAAACUAAAACUGACCCCAGCUUGUCCGUUACCAGCGGGGUCCACCGUUACGAUCCAAGAUUUAACAAAUGGACACAAAUCACAGGAAUGCUGGAAAAAAGAUGUCAGUUUUCUUGCUGUGUCUUAGGCAACAACAUCUUUGCCAUUGGUGGAAGAGGUGAGAAUGGAUCACUACAUUCCUCUGUGGAGGUCUACAAUAUCACCAGGGACAAAUGGACGAAGGUUGUAGAAUUGCCGUGCAAGGUACAUGGGCAUGCUAGCACAGUCUGCAAGAAUACCAUAUACCUCUCAGGUGGCAAAUCCAUGGAACAAACAAACACAAGUAAAGAUGUCUACUCUCUUAGCACUGUAGAAGGGCAGUGGAUGAAGCAAGCUCCUAUGAGCAUUGCCCGGUUUGGACAUCAGAUGGCAACAAUCAGAGAUGCCAUCUUCACAUUUUUAGGACUAUAUGAACCAUUCUCCGAAAUAGAAAGGUAUGAUCCUAGCGAAAACCAGUGGACUCGGUUAAGGCCUUUGGUCUAUGAUCGCUUUUGUUAUGGCCUAGCAGUGGUAGAGGAGACUGCGCUUCUUAUUGGGGGGAAAAAAUGGCAGGACUCACAGGAAGUCCCAACCCAAGAUGUGGUGGGUUAUGAUAUUGACAAUGAUUGCUGGGAAGAAAUUUGCAAACUUCCCUUGCCUUGGUAUGGACUGCAGUGUGCAGUGCUGCAACUCUCAGAAUCAGCAGCAACCAAGGGGGACACCAAACAGCAAAGAAGCCAAACUGCUGAGUUAACACUUCAUUGAAUUAUCAUCCUUGAAGAUAAGACAAAAGAGCAGCCCUGGAGAAAAAAAGAAAAUUGCAGUGGCACUAAAUGCAACAGAGUUGAACUUUUGCUUUAAUAAGCAACACAUACAAUGGAUAUAGACAGGGAAAUCUGUCAUUAGCAUGGGAAAAUGUGCUAUGAUUUAUACAGUGAAAAACAAGAUUUGCUGAGGACAGAUGCGGGAAGUAGCACGUUCUGAAAAGAAGAGGCAAAGGAAUUCCUAAUGCUGUAUUUCCUUGGAUGACUA